AAACCGCACCCUGGCGCGGCGAGGGAGGAGGAGACGAGCAUAGCUGCUGGGUUCGGUUGGCCGCGAAAGGCGCGUCUGUAGUGGAUCUGUUUGAGGUGGUUCCUGAGUCAGAGCUGUUUUCCUUCGUCGUCGUUCCUGCAACUUCAGUUAAUAAGGCAGUGCCCAACUAUUGAAAAAGUGCUAUGAAUGGUGUAUCUAGAGCAGAGGUGGUAACCUCACCACCUCCAGCAGCCCCUCAUAAAGAAAGAUAUUUUGAUAGAGUUGAUGAAAAUAACCCAGAGUAUUUGCGGGAGAGGAACAUGGCUCCUGAUCUUCGUCAGGAUUUCAAUAUGAUGGAACAGAAGAAGAGAGUCUCCAUGAUUCUUCAAAGCCCAGCAUUUUGUGAGGAAUUGGAAUCGAUGAUCCAGGAACAAUUUAAGAAAGGAAAGAAUCCAACAGGCCUACUGGCUUUACAACAGAUUGCAGAUUUCAUGACAACAAAUGUUCCAAAUGUCUACCCAGCAGCACCUCAAGGUGGAAUGGCAGCCCUAAACAUGAGUCUUGGCAUGGUAACACCUGUGAAUGAUCUCAGGGGUUCAGAUUCCAUUGCUUAUGAGAAGGGGGAGAAACUACUGAGAUGUAAGCUUGCAGCUUUCUACAGACUAGCUGACCUCUUUGGGUGGUCACAGCUUAUUUACAAUCACAUAACAGUCAGAGUAAAUUCAGAACAGGAACACUUUCUCAUUGUGCCUUUUGGGCUUCUCUAUAGUGAGGUUACUGCAUCCUGUCUGGUUAAAAUAAAUAUUCAAGGUGAUGUCGUUGAUCGUGGAAGCACUAAUUUGGGAGUUAAUCAAGCUGGCUUCACAUUACACUCUGCCAUUUAUGCAGCACGACCUGACGUUAAGUGCAUUGUUCAUAUUCACACACCAGCGGGAGCAGCGGUAUCAGCAAUGAAGUGUGGUCUCUUACCAAUCUCACCAGAGGCGCUGUCUCUUGGGGAGGUAGCUUACCACGAUUACCAUGGGAUUCUUGUAGAUGAUGAGGAGAAAGUCUUGAUUCAGAAGAAUCUUGGCCCCAAAAGCAAGGUUCUCAUACUCAGAAAUCAUGGUCUGGUAUCGGUUGGAGAAAGCGUUGAAGAGGCUUUCUACUAUAUUCAUAAUUUGGUUGUUGCGUGUGAGAUCCAAGUACGUACUCUGGCCAGUGCAGGGGGGCCAGACAACUUAGUGCUUUUGGACCCUGGAAAAUACAAAGCAAAGUCUCGUUGUCAUGAGUCUCUAGCAGGGGAGGGAACAGCUUCUUAUCCAAAAUGGCAAACUGGAGAGCAGGAAUUUGAAGCUCUUAUGCGAAUGCUUGAUAAUUUGGGUUACAGAACUGGUUAUCCCUAUCGAUGCCCUGCUCUGAGAGAGAAAUCUAAAAAAUACAGUGAUGUGGAGAUACCUGCUAGUGUCACAGGGUAUUCUUUUGCUAGUGAUGGGGACUCAAGCACUUGUUCUCCUCUGCGGCAUAGUUUUCAGAAACAGCAGCGAGAGAAGACAAAGUGGCUGAAUUCUGGCCGAGGGGAUGAUGCUUCUGAAGAAGGGCAGAAUGGCGGCAGCCCCAAGUCGAAGACUAAGGUGUGGACGAACAUUACACACGAUCACGUGAAACCCUUGCUGCAGUCUCUCUCGUCCGGUGUCUGCGUGCCAAGCUGUAUUACCAACUGCUUGUGGACUAAAGAGGAUGGACAUAGAACUGCCACCUCUGCUGUCCAAAAUCUAUUUGUUCCAUUGAACACUAACCCAAAGGAAGUCCAAGAAAUGAGGAACAAGAUUCGGGAGCAAAACCUGCAAGACAUUAAAACUGCUGGCCCCCAGUCACAAGUUCUUUCUGGGGUUGUUGUGGACAGGAGCCUUGUACAGGAUGCUCCCCUCUCAGACUGUACGGAAACAAUUGAAGGGCUCGAUCCCACAGAGCAGGCCUUUAGUCCCGCUAAAUCUGUCUCUGUUAGAAAGGGAGAAUUGGUGACAGCAUCAAAGGCAAUAAUUGAGAAGGAGUACCAACCACGAGUCAUAGUGAGCACAACAGGGCCAAAUCCUUUCAACAAGCUCACAGACCAAGAACUAGAAGAGUACCGCAGAGAAGUAGAAAGGAAACAGAAGCAGUCAGAAGAUUCAGAAGAUGUCAGACAGCAAAGAGAGAGAAGCUCUCCUGACCACCCUGCUGCUUGUACUCCACCCAGCACUCCAGUUAAGCUAGAGGAAGAGAGGCAGCCUAAGCCGACUUACAACGAUGACAGUGAUGCUGCAACUUUAAAGCAAAGCCUCCCAGACCUCACCCCUGAUGAACCUUCAGAAGCCCUUGGCUUCCCAAUCUUUGAAAAAGAGGAUGGAAAAUGUGAAAAAGAUCUCACCCAAAGCCAGACAGAGUUACUACCUGAAAAUCAAGAACCCCAAACUCAACCUGGUGAAGAAGCAAUGCCUGAGGAAGGGGCAGCAGUUGAACCAGGCGGUGAUGAGUCUCCUGGGAAGUCUCCGUCCAAGAAGAAGAAGAAGUUCCGUACACCUUCCUUCCUAAAGAAAAACAAAAAGAAGUCUGACUCCUAAAUACCUUCAAAUAUGCUGUCAUGGUUUAGAGUCUAAGUUUAUUAACCACUAGAAUGUAUCAGAUCUUACUGGGUGUUUCCUUUUGUCUUUUACAUAAAAAGCAGAACAAGCAACACCCUCAAACUAUAGCUUGAUUGCUUAAGAUUAUAAUAGCAAAUUAACAAGCAGAAGGUGCUAAUCCUGCGUAGAUUUAUCCAUAGUAUGUAAACAAAAUUAAAUGACUUCCAUGAUAGACAGUGAACCACUAUGUGUAACUUUGAAAGCCGAUGUUGCUUUAUAUAUGCAGGCAAUUGAUUUUUACAAGGUCUGGCUCAACCGGGUGUUGCUCUCUGCUCACUCUAAUAUUUGUUCUUGUCUCAGAGCCUACUGUUAUUAGAAGUGGCUUAAGUACUGACAACUUGGAUAUGAUUGCUUUAUAUUUUGAGAGGUUAUACUAUCAAACAGAGCACCUGCUUCAACAUCGUGUAAUCAAAUAAUAUUACACUGAGGCUGUAAAGAAAGCUGUCUUUCUCUUCCCUUUUUCUGUAUUGUAGCAUAGCUGAAAUUCAAAUCUCUUUGUUGUAUGUAAAAAGAAUGAAGUGAUUUGUGACGUUUCUUGCUGAUCCCCCUGCCUGUUUUCUAAUAAUCUGUUUGACAGAACAGUUAUUUUACUAAUUUGUUUUCUACCAAGAGGUUGUUUCCAACCACACCUGAAAAUUUGGAAGAUAAUUUCAAGCCUUUGAAAAUAAGAUCUGCUAAUAGCAGGCACACACCUGCUGCAUUUAUUAUUUAGUCAGAUCCAGACCUCACUCAAUUACUUCAAUUACUUGUGCCAUUUAUGGAUGCAACAGCUGCAGCUACAGUUUCAGCUGUCAUUUAUGAUAACUGCCCCAGUCAUUUCCCAAACUGCUAAAUCAAGGCUACGUGGCUCAUAUCAGAGAACUCAUGGAAGGUUUGCCAUAAUCUUGACAGCAGGUGGCAUAUUGGGACUUAGCACAGCUGUCUCUGGAUUUGCUGAUGUAAAGUACAAUAAACCUUUGAGUUGUGCAUGUGAAUGUUUCAGAAACAAUUUUACUCCUAAUAUUUGAGAUUCCUUCAAAGCUUAUUGUCUUGAUUUCUGGCCAUAACAAAAUAAAAUACUCAUUAUUUGCAGUCAGUGGGAGCUAAGACAUGGAUUUUUAUGAGCUUCAACUCAGUAAUGAAUAAUGCAGCACUUCAAAGGGGGUUGUGUGGUUUUUUAAACUGAGGUUUGGUUAAACUAGCUAGUAUUGAAUGCCUUACCAUUUGUGCUUCAAGAAAGCACAAAAUAAUAGAAUGAAUUCAGUAACUAGGUACAGCUGUAAACACAAUGCCUAUGUUAGGUUCCAAACAGAUACCUUGGAUAUGAGUAUAGAUAAAUUUUCUGUCUUAACAACAGUGCAGAAGAGUUACAGGGAGAUGAGGGUUGGUGGCAGUAAGACCACCAUCAUCACUAGAAAACCAACAAGCAGCAAGAGAUCACUGCAAGAGAGAGAGAAUGAACGAACUCAACAGUGGUGUUUCAUAAUGGACUGCAUGGCAUUAAUGGCUUUAAGCUUGUAUCCUUAACUCCGUGUCCUGUGAACACUAAGAAGCUUCAUUGUGUCUCAUUGCCAGGAUUCAAAUUGCAUUUAAAAAGCCAUUGCUUAAAUGUUUCUGUUAUAGAAUGUAGGGACUCUAUCCUUUGACUGCAUAUGCAAUGAUUUUUAAGUUCUGCUUUUGUAGUUAUCAAUUUUUCGUAUUGCAUUAUGAAAUCUAGUUGUGUAUUGUAUGAGAGCACACUUAGGUGGGAGAGAGAGGAAGAUGGAAGAGUCCUGUAUUUUUUUCUUCUUUUGUUGUAUCAUUCAGUUUUACUCACAUAAAAUUCUUUAAAGGA